AUAAGAUAUUUACCGGAAUACGGUACGUUUCUUCGCCUAUAUUGUAUAUGGUUUCAUUAAAGCUUCACUGAACCGUGACAUUGGUGGUUAUCUUUGGUGACUCGCCAUUAGUAAAUGUUUGCUGACAAUAACUUAUUUUGAACUGAGGUAUACAUUUGCUCAUUCAAUGACUUGUUUGGUUUCAAAUUUACUGUUGGAACAUGAGUACAAUUACAGAACGCAAUUACUUGCGAUUGCAGUUAUUUUCAAUCGAUUUAUCCACUGAAGUUGUUAGAGAUUAUGCAAAACACAAUUUGCUAGGAACAAAUUCGACAUUCAAAUCUUUUCUUCAAGCCAACCAGCACAAUAUUUAUCAUAUAUGGUCACCUGACAUUUGCUGUUGUAAAUGUAUUGUUGGUGGUCCGGGAAGAGGCAUACAGGGUAGAUUUUCUCAAGGACAGUUCGAAAAAUUGUAUGAUAUAAGUGGAACUAUUAAUCUAAGACAUAAAAAACGAAAUAGAAAUGGCAAAAUUGUAGAGACAUGCUGUUGCAAUAUAAUUGCUGUAAAAGAAUGUUCAUUAGAUGACAUUGACAUAAGCACCGUCUGUCCAUUAUUGUUAAAGUUUGGUAAUCCGUCGGCGCAAAAUAUUAAUUGGAUAACAGAAAUUAAAGCAGUUAGAAACACGCUAUGCCAUGCCGCAGCCACUAACGUUUUUGAUGAUAUAACGUUUCAUGAUUUAUGGAGAAGACUUGAAACAGCAGUUUGUGGUAUUGCAACAAACACACAGUCAAGUGGCUGGGUAAUAAAUAUGCUAAAGACAAAAAUAAAUCAAAUGAAAGCUGAAGAUCCAAGUACAGAACAGAUACAUACUUUGAAUGAUCAACUUAGGUUGGAAAUGGAACAGAUCAGAGAACAAUCUGUUGUCACUUCGGAUAGCCUGGAACAUGCUGUGUUUGUACAAUCAGAAACCAAUACGGGGUUACAGAAUCAAAUAAGUGAAAUGACACAAUGCAUGAAUACAGUUAUUUCUAAAUUAGAUGAACUGGCAUUGAAUUUUAAAUAUGGAAGAAGCAAGAUAAACGUAGUAGGAGAGAUACCGGAAGCUUGUGAAAGUUACAGAAAAGGGAACACGUUUCAACUAAUAUUGACAGUAGAUGCAAAGAAUAUUGAUUUGAAUGAUGUUGUUAGCAAGAUAAGUGAUGCAAUUCCAAAAAUCAAUGAAACGAAUGAACGUAUCAAUAUAUUAGGCGUCCGUCUAGGCAGUAUAGUUAUAGAAGCAUGCUUCAAAGAACUGACAGUUUUAAACAGUAUGGAUGGAUUGAAAGAUUCUCUGCAAGAAUUUUUGAAAGUUAUUUUCAAAGAAUGCGGAUUGCGGUACAAAAAAGCUAAGAUUGAUGUGAAAAUGUCAUUUUCUCAAAGUGACAGAUGCCCGGAUGAUGUAAAUUUUACUAGAAAAAGAAAAAGUGAUUUUUCAAAAGACGAGAAUGAGAGAUCGUCAAAAGCAAGAAAAUCCCUGCAAAGUGAUGAUUUGUCGUUUCGGAAUGACGGAAUGCAGGUCAAGGAUAAAACAGUUUGUCCAAAUCAAGUCGACGGUGCCAUAAACAUUACAAAAAAGUAUCAUGAAGGCAACGAGGUUGAUAGUUUUGAAAAGCAGAUUCAAGAAGUAGUUAUAACUCAUUUUGAAAAAGGGACUGCGACUCUUGGUCUUGUAUCGAAAACUUUACUCAUGAAUAAGGCGGACUGGCAUAUACUUAAUUCACUGGAAGAAAACACAACUAUAUCAUCAACUGUAUAUAAUGUUAACGAAGCUCAAAACUCUUUUGUGAAUGCUGUUGAAAAAUCCGCCGUUUUUUAUGAGUCAAUUAGAAAUUCUUUAGGACAAAUUUAUUUAAAACAUAAUUCUUUGUUGUCAGAGUAUUUUUUGAUAAAACAGCAGUUAUAUGAUAAAAGGGCAUUCCUAGAUAAAUAUGAAACAUCCAUUACAAAUGCUAACCAGGAACUCAAAGCAACCAACAUAAGACUUAACGAGGCUCAAAUUCAACAUCAGCGCCAUUUAGAUAAAACGAAAAAAGGUGUAUUUGGGGAUAGACUUCCAAUUUUUGACUUCAUAAUUGAUACAGUUUCAGGCCUUAAUAGGACUGUAGCAAACGCACAGUAUAAGUGUGCUAGUUUAGAAAAAAACAUAAUCGAAGCCAACACAACAGUUCAAGAACUCAAAAGGGAGCGUGAUAGCUUUGAGUUAGAUGUUAACCGUCUAACGUUUACCAAGUCAGAACUUGAAACUAGUAUUGACAAAGAACACAUGAAAAUAGAAAAUCUAGAGAACAUAAGAGAAUACUUAACAAAAGUUGACCAAAUACUUUCAAGUUGCAGUGAGCGAUGCGUUCACCUGUUGGAGCAAAUAAAAAGUAAAAGUGAAAUAAAAGCUCUCAUAGAAACGGUUGAACAAUAUGAAUGUGAUCUAAGGUCUUUUUCUGGAUUAGAAACAUUUGAAAAAUACAAACAAAAUAAUCCGACAAAAGCAAAUAGUAAAUAGAUUAUCAUCGCGGCACGUAUUAAAUGAUAAUUUAUUGUUUUCUCGAUAAAGUGUUUGAUUUGUUGCACCGAAGAGUAUAGUGGUACAUAAGUAUAGUAAUUAAAUAGUCGAUUAUAUCUGUGUAUAUCAAUUUAUUUCUUAUUACCAGUUGUCAAAAUUAAAUUCCAUGAACUAUAAGACUGACAUUAAAAGUCUCACUGGAGAAUCAUAUAAAAAAAAAUUAAUUUAAAGUCUACAGAAUUAUACAAUACAGUGAAACAUAUCCUCUUCCGAGCUAAUAAAGCCGACGAGGAAGAAGAUUUCAGAAGCUUAACAUGACAUUUUAGAUAAACUCAAUUGGAAAUUUGCGGCAGAAUUUGCAGGCAAGCAACAACAAAUAACAAGUAAGUUCACAGAGGAGUAGACUUUAAAGUGGCAUUUUUAUCAGCAGAUACCAUGUGAAAAUCAGUUUAAGUUCAGAAUCAAGUUGAAUGAGACCCUGAAUAAAGUUUAUGAAUUGAUGAUUACAAGCACAGGUACCUGUCUCAGAAUUAUUUUCCUAUAUACCUUAAUAUGACACGUUAAGCAACAGAUAAUAAGAAAGGCAUCAAACCUAUCGCCUAAUGCACAUGAAAAAUACUAUGCAAUUAGCAGGAUUAGCUAGAUUGCCAACAUACAUAGGUUGGUGUAUGAGUUUUGAAUAUCAAGUUAUGUAUUUUACUAAUGUAUUAUUUAUAAAGAGAAAUAAAAGAUCUUAA